CCUUCCCGUUGAGCUCCUCCUCCUCUUUCUCCUCCUGCUUCAACAACAACUGUUUAAAAGUGGACAGAGAAAAAGUAAGUAAACCAGUGAAGUGAUUCAUUCAUGAAUUGAAAACCCAUUAAUUAAUGAUCCAUCCUUUGCCCAACAAAUAACACUAGCAGCAGCAGCAGCAAACCCAUCUCUCCUCUAUCUGCUUCUUCUUCUGUACGGUUGAUUCAAUUCAAUUCAAUACUUCCCAGGAAUUAGACUCAUCCUCUCCAGUUACUGAGUUUCCUACAAUGGAUAAAGCUUCCCCGGACUGUCCAUAUCCAGGAUGCUUCUUCUGUGUCAUGAAGGAAGGAAACCCAGGUAAGCGCAGAUCAAGUAUAAUGAAGUUUUUCAGAGAUUUACCCUCACAGGACGAAGAUGGUCAAGUUCUACCCAUUAGCGGUUUAUGGAAUACGGCCAUGGCACAUCCAAACGACCCUGAAUUCAUUGAGCUCGGUAUAUUCGAGUGUAUGGCUGCACUCGUCUGGAAAGGAUUAAAGAACCGUCGCUGGAUUUCCCACGACCAAAACAUAUACAUUCCUUACUACGCAGCUCACAUAAUCGGUUCGUAUACAAUGAACAUGGAAGAAUUCGCAGAAGGUGCUGUUCAUGCAGGAGUUAUUCCGCCUUUGGUUGAGCUUUUAAGAGGAAGAUUAACUUGGGUCGAACAGAGAGUUGCGAUUAGAGCUCUAGGUCAUCUGGCUACCUACGCUUCUACUUUCCCAGCCGUUGCUAGUCAUGAAGAGAUUCUCGAGCUUUCGAUUCAACUGGCGAUGAGUUCGUUAGAAAUUGUGUACACUCAUUUCUACCAGUAUGUUGAUAGAAGGCUAAGUUAUCAUUGUGACUUGCUUACAAGGGGGAUGGGUGGGGUGGAAAUGGAGUCGAGGAAAGCUGAAGAAUGGGCUAGUCAGUUGCAAUGCUGGUCACUUCAACUGAUUAAUUGCUUUGCUUUUAAACCAGAGUCUCUUUCUGCUAUAUGUAAACCAGAGUUCUUGGUUAAACUGCCUGGCAUGUGGGGAGGACUUGUGAAUGAGAAUUCACCGGCUGGCAUUGGUUUGUUGAGGACCAUUUGUCAUCAUAAGCUUGGUCGGGGACCUGUCGCUAGUUGUCCCGGUAUUAUCGAAGCUUUGUGUAAUAUUGCCCGUUCGUCCGAUGACUGGCAAUACAUGGCUAUUGAUUGUCUUCUUUGGUUGAUUCAAGACCCAAAUACAUGCCAUAAGGUGGUUGACAAAGCAGUACCAGCACUAAUUGACCUAGCAGAGAUUUCAAAUCUAGGCGAUCACAAAAAACUCGGAGAUUCCAUCGUUAACAUUCUUCAGGACAUCAUCAUUCAGUCGCCAGGACGUAAUUCCAUGAGCAGCCGCACCAAGGAACAGAUCGAGGAAACCUUAAACUCACGAGAGAGGCUGAAAUGGGAAAAGAACAUGCCUAAAGACGAUCUCCACAUCAAACAAGCAGCCGCAUUAGUGGUGAAGCUGGAAGGAAAUUCCCUCUUCUCUUCCGGAAACAUUUCAGGAGCAGCAUCAAAAUAUUCCGAAGCAUUAGCAUUAUGUCCUAUGCGAUCAAAGAAAGAGAGGGUAGUUUUGUACAGUAACCGAGCCCAAUGUCAUCUUCUGUUACAACAGCCAUUGGCAGCCAUAAGUGAUGCCACACGAGCUCUUUGUCUACACAAUCCGAUCAACCGUCAUGCGAAAAGCCUGUGGAGGAGAGCUCAGGCGUAUGACAUGCUAGGGUUAGCUAAAGAGAGUUUGCUAGACGCUAUUCUGUUUAUAAAUGAGUGUUCUCAGUCGAGUGACCCUGAUCUUACUUUAAGGCAGAAUAAAGUGCCUCACUAUGCAGAGCGGUUAGUUAAAAAGCAGAUGCAGUCGGCUUGGCUAUUUCGAGAGGCUGCUAUUAAGCACGGAGGUGUUAAUAACUGUGAGGGAGAUGGUGGGGAUAUGUAUGGGCAACAGACCGAUGAUUCUGAAUGGGAGACGGCUAGUGAAAGUGAGAUGGGAAUCAACGAGCAGAGAGGUGGGAUUGAGAACGACGAUGAUUGUGAGGGUGAAGGAAACAAUCAAGUAGGAUGAAGAACCCUAAGUUUGGGUCUUGGAUUGCUGUCUGGUGUGUAUUUUGUUUGGGUAAUGAAUGCUACAAAUCUAAGUUGUUCAUAAAGAAGUUGUGCUAUAAAUAGUUCAAUUCUUUUUUCAUUUAUUCACUAAUAUUCCUUGUGUACUAAUUUUGUGUGCAAUUUGAUGCAAUGCAACAGACUUACCUUUUGGUUGUUUCA